AUUUACCCUUAAAAUAAAUUAUCGAGAGGGAAAGGUAGGGAGGGACAAUGCAAGGCAACUGCCGAAGGCAAGAUAAAGAAACUGGUCUUGCAGCCAACUGAUCAUGUUUUGAAUGACCUGGUUUUAAUAGUUUCUAUUACCCUUAUUUACCAAAAAUAAAUAAAGAAAUUGCCCACGCUAUUUUCUUUUUUCACUACUAUUUAUCGGCUAAGCUCUGGAAAAGGGAAGAAAAGACUAAUCAAAUUCAAGCUCCAUGAUUUCACUUCUCCUCCUGUUCAAAACUCUCACUCUUUUCAACUCCUAAACGCCUUAAGCCCCUAAUAUACAAGCGAAGAAGAAAAAAAUAAACCAUUUUCCUUUCCGAUUCGCUGCCACGUACUUGUUCGUCCAUUGAUUUAUACAAGGAAGCUCCUGCUGCCAUGGCCCGGGACAUGAUCAUCGAGGUCACCACCAAUGGGGGUUUACCGGAUCAUCUCCGCCACCACCAUCCUCACUCUCUCCAACAACAGCAGCAAAUGAUCUUGGGCGAAAGCAGCGGCGAUGACCCAGAAGUCAAAGCCCCGAAGAAACGAGCCGAGACCUGGGUCCAAGACGAAACCCGAAGCCUUAUCGGUUUCCGGAAGGAAAUGGACGGCCGUUUCAAUACUUCUAAAUCGAACAAGCACCUUUGGGAGAAGAUAUCAGCUAUGAUGAGGAAGAAAGGGUUCGAUCGAUCCCCAACUAUGUGUACGGACAAGUGGAGGAACUUGUUGAAGGAGUUUAAGAAAGCUAAGCAUCAAGAUAGAGGGAGCGGUUCAGUCAAGAUAACCUAUAAGGAAAUUGAAGAGAUUUUAAGGGAGAGGACAAAGAAGCCUUAUAAGGCUCCAACUCCUCCUCCCAAGCUUGAUUCCUUUAUGCAUUUCUCUGAUAAGGGUUUAUGUUUUGAGGAUACCAGCAUAACAUUUGGUCCUCUUGAAGCUAGUGGUAGGCCAGCACUUAAUCUUGAACAAGGUUUAGAUCAUGAUGGACAUCCUCUUGCCAUCACCACAGCCAAUGCAGUUGCAGUCAGUGGAGUUCCUCCUUGGAAUUGGAGAGAGACCCCUGGAAAUGGUGGAGAUCGUCUGCCAUAUGGAGGCAGGGUUAUAACGGUUAAGUAUAGGGACUACGCCCAAAGGAUUGGUAUCGAUGGUACUGCUGAAGCCAUCAGAGAGGCAAUUAAAUCUGCUUUUAGAUUGAGAACUAAGCGUGCAUUUUGGUUGGAGGAUGAAGAUCAUAUAAUUCGUAGUCUCGACAGGGAAAUGCCUUUAGGGAAUUAUACACUCCAUCUUGAUGAAGGUUUGGCUGUGAAAGUGUGCCUUUACGAUGUGUCAGAUCAUAUACCAGUACACACAGAGGAGAAGAUUUUUUACACAGAAGAUGAUUACCGUGAAUAUCUAGUCUUUCGAGGGUACGUAGGUCUCAAAGAGAUUGAUGGAUACAGAAACAUUAAUAGUAUGGAUGACCUUCAAACUAAUACUAUAUACCGAGGUGUUAGCUGAAAGCUGUUGCAUCUCGAAGGUCUAUAUAACAGAGUUGCGUUGCCUUGACAUAAGUGAGCAUAUGGGGUUCUAAGAUUUGCUCUGGUGCUUUCUGAAGAUUGUGAUUAUGUUGUUUGCAUCAUUACCACUUACUAAACAUGAACCCCAUAACUCUUGCUGUCGGUAGCAUGUUGUUCUUUAUACGUGAUAUUCGUGAUAGGUUUUAAAUAUUUAUAAUGAAUCGUUCUUAAAACUAA